GCGACCUGUGAUUGGUCAAAGUGUAGUGCCCUAGCUGUGAUUGGUUAACUGUUGCGUUUGGUGACUAGUCGGGUUUGCUUUUGUUGUCGGUAGUUUGACGUUAAAACUCUCCACAAUUUCACACAAAUCCGCUCCGCAGAAUCAGCGAUGGCAAGUCAAGUCAAGAGCAGUGAACCCGGAGCUGUGGAGAAGGACAGCGCUUCAGCAGCACUGACAGUUGGAGAGAACAUAACAGAGACUGAUAGCUUGAAUCAAAGCGUGUUUAGUCUGGAUCCUAACGAGGAGUAUAAGAUGAAUCACAAGAAGCGAGGAAUGGCUCUGAUCUUUAACCACGAAAAUUUCUACUGGCACCUCAAGUUACACAGCCGUUCUGGCACAAAUGCAGACAGGGAUAACCUUGUUAGAAGAUUUAAAGACCUGGAUUUUGAAGUGAGGGCUCAUGAUGAUUACAAACGGGAUCAAGUUUUAGGAGAAAUCAAAGAAGCGGCUGCUGCUAACCAUGUGGAUGCAGACUGUUUCGUUUGCAUCUUUUUAAGUCAUGGAGAAAAUGGCCACAUCUAUGCCUAUGAUGAGAAGAUUGAAAUUCAAGAAGUCACUGAUUUGUUUAAGGGGGACAUGUGCCGUAGCCUUGUAGGGAAACCCAAGAUCUUCAUCUUGCAGGCUUGUCGUGGUGACAAACAUGAUGAUCCUGUGAUACCAAUGGAUGUGGUGGACAGUCAAGCGGUCAAUGACGUGGUGGUAGAUGCGGGGGUGCUCUACACCCUUCCAGCAGGAGCAGACUUCCUUAUGUGCUACUCAGUGGCUGAGGGAUAUUACUCUCACCGUGAGACCGUAAAUGGCUCAUGGUACAUCCAGGAUCUGUGUGAAAUCUUGAGGCGUUAUGGCUCCUCCCUGGAGUUCACUGAGAUCCUGACUCUUGUUAACAGGAAAGUUUCCUUGCGCAGUGUUGGAAACUGUAGGGAUCGCUCUGCUAUAGGCAAAAAACAAGUGCCUUGCUUUGCGUCCAUGCUCACUAAGAAGCUGUUUUUAAGGCCUAAGAAGGAGCAUUAGUGUUGAGGCCUAUUGCAGGUACAAAUUCAGGGAUUAGAUUAUUUUGUGCUCCUAUAUACAUAAUUUUCAAAAUGGGAGUGUAUGCAGGUUUACAUAUUUUAGCCUGGAGGUUUGACAGUUGGGCUUACAAAGUGCAAAUAGUAGCUUUAGUUUCAUUUUUAACCCAUUAUCAGUAGCAUGUAUCAGUAUGAAUCAGUAGCAAUGCAAAUCAUUCUUUUUAAUUGCCUGCAAGUCUUUCCAGUUAUUUGUAGUAAAGGAAGCUUUGUUCUCUCACAAAAAUAUAAGACUUAUGAAAAAUGAUAUUAUGUAGUGAUAUAAAUCUGUUCAUAACAAUCAUGAUCUGUCAUUAACAGCACUGAAGCAUGAUCUCUUCCAUCUGUGAGUCCUGUGUUAAUACCUCCAAGACUAUUAAGAAUUUAUUUUAAUCUGAAAGAGGAAACAAAACAAGAAACCCCAGUUAUACAGCUUAAAUAAACAAAAAGAAAAAAACCAAACAAACUUGAAAAUCAUCUUAGAACACAUACCUACUUAACGACCAGCAUACGUUUUUUUUACAAUUAUGGGAAAAUGUAAUUAAAUAGGGGAUUAUGGUUUUUUGUUCACGCUGCUGUCUUAAAUGUUGACAAGAGUGACUACACUACACGUUUUAUGUAUCUGUCUUUUGACCUGUUGCCUUUUAGUGUUGAGGUUUGUCACGUGGCACUUGUUUUAUAAAGAAUAAAAGCAAUAUAUAAACGGAGCAAUUCCAGUAGGGAACUCGCACCGUCGGUUCUCUGGCCAUAAUGACGUGAACUGAAUGUCUUUAUACAUUCUUUGCUCAGUUCUGUUAACAUGGGAUGGAAUUUAUACUUUUAAUGUCUGGACAAGCUUUUUAAUUAAUGUGAAUCAUGUCCUCUUUGUAGAGACAUUCGUUUGGUAUGAGGUCUUCGUUUUCCUAAUAAUGUGACUGUUUUCUGAGCUGAUGGCUCAUUGGGAUAAUUGGGAAAUUAGGUGUUUUGCAAUUUUUUUUCCCCCCCUUCUGGUUUUAAGCAUAAACCUCAUUAAAUUUUGUUAGAUUGCUUAAAACAGCGACAGGGACUUAGAAUGUUUUCCAGUAGUUAAUGGAUUUUUUUUUUUUUUAAAGAAAUUAUAUAAGAUCACAGGGGUAAAUAAUGUAUGUUCUUAUAGGGGUUCAACUUGUGUUGAAUGUAAAUAUAAUUUUUUGCUGUAUCUUUUGAUUGCAUGCACUUCUAUUAAAAUAAAUGGGCUUAUAGAAUUAAAUGGGGGAUUGUUUUGUUUUUUUACCCUGUGAAUCUUACAUGCUUUGUCUUAAAUGUUGAAAAGAGUGACCUUUAGAAAUCCGUCCGCAGAGUACUCUACACUUUUAUGUAUCACAUAUUUUGUGUACAGUGUAAUAGGGAGGUUUGUCAUCUGGGGUUACAGUGCCAAUUGUAGUUUUUAGUUUUACUUUUAUAUUUUAUCCGAUUAGUACCAGAAUGUGUGACUGGAAAGGCUUGCCUGCAGGCCAUAGUGGAGCCAUUCCCAAGUUAUUUGUGCUAAAGGAAGCUCUGUGUUCUUGUAAAAAAAAAUACAAUUUAAAGGAGACAUAUGAAAAAUUAAAAGUUUUACACAUAUUUAUAUCGAACAUGUUCACUACAUUCAAUCAUGAUCUGUCAUUAACAGCACUGAAGCAUGAUCUCUUCCAUCUGUGAGACCUGUGAUAGUACCUCCAGGACUGUUAAGAACUUAUUAUCUGAAAGGGGGAACAAAACAAGAAAUUGUACUGUACAAGAAACUAAUGUAACUGACAAAAAGUUUAGGAACUCAUGUUUCUUUAUGUAUGCAUUUCUAUUAAAAUAACCUUAGUUCAUUUAACAAAUAAAAAUGAACUUUUACUGUUUAGAUUUA